UGAAACAAUUCUACAUGUCUAAAAACAAACAAAUUCUACAUAUAACAAUUUAAAUAAAAACGAAUACAAAAUACCCGAAUGAAAGAGUUCUUGUUACAGCAUUGCUAAUUGUAAUGUUAUUGACUUCUUUGUAAUAUUUGAUAUUCUGCUGUUCUUGUUCGAUUUCUUCUUGAUUAAUACCGAUAAACAUAUCCCGUGUUUGUCGCAACUGGUACAGGUAACAAAUAUCAAAGUGUAUCUUUAAUUUUAUAUAAACUUUAUAUCAUUUUACGUACUAUCACAUUAAUAAAAGAAUUUAUAGUGGAACUUAAAACACGUCUUAGAAAAGUAUUGAUUUAUAUUAUUCAUUAAAAAUAAUAUUAAAAUAAUUAUUAAAAACGAAUUUAUUAUUAAGUUAAGGAAUGGCUCCUGGUAUUUUCCAUUUUGCUCACAGGAACUCUAUCAAGUAUAUCUUAGUUUCCACAAUGACCACAUCAGUAUCAGUUGAUGAGCGUAUGUUAAAGGGAAUACGAAGAAUAAUUCCAAAUCUGAAUAAUACCAAGUACAAAGGUCAGGAUGGCAGAAUUGGAAUAUUUGGUGGCAGUACUGAAUAUACAGGUGCACCAUACUUUGCUUCUAUGAGUGCAUUGCGCACUGGAUGUGAUUUAGUACACAUAUUUUGUACCAAGGAAGCAAGUAUUCCUUUAAAAUCAUUUAGUCCAGAGCCUAUUGUUCAUCCUGUCUUAGAUCAAUAUGAUGCAAUUAAACACAUAAGACCUUGGUUGGAUCGUUUACAUGUGAUUAUUAUUGGACCUGGUCUUGGUAGAGAAGACAAGAUAUUCAAAACAAUUGUGGAACUUAUUUCAGUUUGCCGUGAAAUGAAAAAACCAUUGGUGAUAGAUGCUGAUGGAUUAUUUUUAAUUAGUCAGAAACCUGAUAUUAUAAAAGAAUAUCCGGGUGCUAUUCUUACUCCAAAUGCAAUGGAAUUUAGUCGCUUAGUGAAAGGAGUGCUCGAUAAAAGUAUUCAACCUACACCAAUGCCCAAAGCUAAUGAUGUUAAACAUUUGGCAGAUGCGCUUGGAAAAAAUGUAGUAAUUUUACAUAAAGGAGCAAAGGAUGUAAUUGCAGAUGGUCAUAAAGGUACUGAAGCAGUGUCAUGUGGAUUGGCAGGCUCUGGAAGAAGGUGUGGAGGGCAAGGAGAUUUAUUAGUUGGUGCAUUAGCUGUAUUUUGGUGGUGGGCUAUUUGUGCAGGAAAUACUGAAAGUGCUUUAUCAGCUCCAAUAGCUGCCUGUUAUGCUGCGUCUAGAUUAGUCAGAGAAUGUAACAUAUCUACGUAUAAAUUAAAACAGAGAGGAAUGUUAACAUCUGAUAUAUUAGAACAAAUACAACCUGUGUUUGCCAGAAUCUUUGAGACUCAUUGUAACAAGUAAGCCAUCUGGUUUAAGGGACUAUACAUUUUUACACAAAACAUUAUAAUUUUUUAUUUUAAGUGUAACAUUUAUUAUGGAUAUAGUAUUUAGUAAAAUAUAAUAAAUGUUAAUUAUAGAACAUCCUCAUUCAAUGGGAGAAAUCGAACACGAAGCACCGAUUGAAUUGUAUUUAUGUUCCUUAAUAUUUAAAUAUAAACAAAACAAUUAUA